AUGGGCGACAACGUUGAGCACGCCGUCCGCUCCAGCACAGUUUUUAUCCUCGAAAAACACCGACCAUCUCGAGAACGCGGUGAUUCAGCUUUCGACCAGGGCAACUACUUUGCCGCUCGGGAGGCGUACAUUUCGGCAUGUUACGCGCUCUUGGAUGACGAGAACAUCAGCAUACCAUUGGAAGCGGAGAAGAGCGGUGGAGGACGCCAGUGGCAGCCUUAUAUCAGCCCAGAUCCCCUCCUCAAGACCUUUUUGAUGAUGUGCUACAAUCAACUCGCCCGAUGUGCAAUCGCGAUAAAUCACUCGGAGGAGGCCCUAACCUGGCUCGAAGAAGCGCGUGUCGUGUGGAUGACCACGCGUUUUUCGCUCAGUACACCCUUGUUCGAAUGGAUACGGCACAACAUCGCCCUCCCGCAGCUCACCAAAGAGCUCGUCACCGCCCACGCACUUGCAUCCGACGUCUUUGAGCUUCUUGGAAACACUUCAAUGGCCGUCGACCGCCGGUACAACAUUGGCGUCGAAUCGAUUAUCACCCCCGAGGCGACGCGCAUCCGCGACACGGGCAAGCUCUUCAGGAUUACAUCUCUGCGACAUCCCGACCCGAGCUUGACGGCGAGCGCGCGCGUGACGAGUCCAGAGCUUCAGGUCAUGGGCACCUGGCGUAAAGUGCAUGUGAGAAAGAAAGGCCCGAUGAAACCUCGCCUCGGAUUUGCUGGGUUCAUCUGGAACGGAAAGUUAUACAUUGGCGGCGGCUUGGGCGAGACGAAAGGCCCGUUCUACCGCGACUUUUGCUGCCUCGACCUCGCUCACCCCACCACCUGGCGUGCGCUACCUGCCUUCCCUCAGUCCGAAAACCGAACGGGCGUAUGGCUUUGCUGGUCCUUCGCCGUGCAUGAAGCGACCGCACGCGCGUACCUCUUCACUGGCACUGUGGAGGUCGACUACUUCGAUCUCGUCGCAGAGAAGUGGCGCACGGUUCAGACACACGGCCUGCGCGAGGCGUCGCGGUACAGAGGCAUCAAGGUCUUCGAGGACAAUGCCCCGCUAUGCGGCUUCAAGGACUCGACUCAACAGGUCGUUGGCGACUUUCUAUACGUUUUUGGAGGCACGCAUCACCUCACGAAGAUGGGCAGCAAUCUCUUUCUGCAGCUCAACCUGAAGACGAUGGUGUGGAGGCGGCUUUCUGGCGAGAUGACUGCAGGGGAAAAGGCCGAUUAUACAUGUCCUGGUCCGCGAAAGACACCGUCCAGCUGGGUGGACGGAAAAGGGGAGAGAUUUUAUCUCAUUGGAGGCGAGAUGGACCGCUCGGGUGGGCAGGACAUGAAUGAGAGACAUGCAGCCGACUGUGGCUACGCGUACGAGGACCUUUGGAGUUUCGAUCUGAAAGAAGAGAAGUGGAGGAAUGAGAGGCUGGUUGGAAACGUUCCGUGUCCGAGGUCAGAGGCAGCUUGUGUCUAUAAUCCAAAGCUUGACAAAGCGAUCGUGUUUGGAGGAUACAACCCUGCAUUUGGAACUCAAUUCGAAAAUAAUUUCUUCCCAUUUGCCUACUUCGCCGACACAUUCAUGUUCUGCCCUAACGAGAGCCGGAAAUGGUCGGUUCCUCCACCCUCAGAGCCAGCUUCGAACUCUAAGAUAUUCAGCAACCCGAAAACUGCCAUGAGCACCGCCCAAUCCCGACCUAGCACCACUGGAAUUUUCAGCACACCUGUCACACCUACCAGCAUUCUUGCCCCUUCUUCUGCACACCCCGAGUCGACUGCCAAGCUCUCAAAAGUCACCAACGGCAAAUGGAAACACGUCCUUACGCGUGGAUUCCCGACGUACCGCGCACAGUCCCUCCUGCUCGUCGACCCAGCGACAGGGAAGACGUAUCUCUUCGGCGGGUACGUCAACACGGACUGGGUGCCCUCCGGCAGGCCUGGAUCUUCGCGCACAUUCUGCGACCUGUGGGAGCUCCGCGUGGACGUGCGGCGCAUUGAUGGGCAGGGAGAGGAGGAAGAGGGUUGGCUGGAGGCGAUGGGCGAAGAGGAGCGCGAACGCGUGUUAGAGAGUCGGACGGCACGCGUUGGUCCGUGGCAAAGGUGUUUUGCGUGCGGAAGUGCGGGACGAUGGAAGAAGUGCGGUGAUAUGUUCGUGCAAAGGUCGCGCUUUCUUCUGCGACGAGGAGUGUCUGAGAGAUGGAUGGAAACAGCAUAA